AUGCGCUUCCUUUCGGAAUUGAAGGCUAUCAUUGAUGAAGACGAGCCCAAUCCUUGCGUAGGAUCUAAGCGUCGUCGAAACACCUCGGAUUUUUGCAUUAAUUUUCACCACCUUUUUCUGUCCUUUCUUUUCAAUCUACUUUUUUUUUUAAUUACCUCGCACGCUAAUCUUCUUUAUUCCAAUAUCAACCUCUCGAUUUCUCUUGCUUCUCAUCUCUUUCUCAUCUCGCUGCAUGUAAAACUCUUCUCUCCCGCAUUAUUUUUUUCUCUUUCCCUUACUCUAUCUUUAAGUCUAGCUUUGUUACCUUUUCUGGUUGAUUCUCUGUCCACGGUUUGUUUGUUUUUUCUUUCUUUCUUUCUUUCUUUCUUUCAUCUUCACAAUAUUCUUUCCCGUUUUCUUCUCUUUAAAUUCUCGCACUAUUUCUCCCCCCCCUCUCUCUCUCUCUCCCUCUCUGCGUUAUAA